CUAUAUUAGACGAUUUAUAUACUAUAUUAAUAUUUUUAGAUUAACUAAAUAAUAGAAUAAUUGUUUUAAAAUAAAUUUGUACUUUAAAGUCCAAUUCUAGUAAACUAUUUAUCGCAUAGGUGUCAAUAGACUCUUUCACUCUGAAAAAUGUGAAUUAUUUCUUUUAUGUAUUUUAAGUAUUCUUUUAUGAAUAUACAUGAAAAUUUUUUAAUUUAGCGUUAAUACCAAAAUGGAUAUAUUUUGUGAAAAACAUAUAAAAUGUGAGGCACCUAUUACAAUUAUUGCUGAAAUAUUAUCUAAGUUAUUUAAUGUACAGUAUGAAAAAAUAAUAGGAGAAUUCAAACAGCUAGGUUUUUCUCAAAUAAAAGAUUUAGCUGGAACAACAUUAAGUAAAGCUAGUUCCUUGUCAUUAGAUGGUGAUCCAUUAGCUAAACUGUAUAAAGCAAUUCAAAAGUAUGAUGAACAGUGUACUGAGCGUUUGAAAACUGCAAAAUUGGAGUACUUUCAAGACAACUUUACCAAAACUAAAGAAUUAUGUGAAGAAAUUUUAUCACAUCAACCAAUUGAUUUAGAUACUUUUAUUUUAUUAGCUGCAGUUCAUUUUAAGUGCAAACAAUAUGAUCUGUCUUUUAAAUACUUGAAGGAAGCAUUGACACAAAAUUUUAAUGCACCCGAAAUUUUUUGUAACAUUGGAUCAAUAUAUUGGAAGAAAUGUCAAUUAGGAAAUGCCUUAGAAUGUUAUUAUAGAGCAAUUUGCCUUAAAAAAAGUUAUAUAGAUGGCUGGAUUAACUAUGUUGAAGGAUUAGUUUUGGCUGGUGAUAAAGUUCAAGCAUCUUUAGCAUAUUCUAUGAUUCUAGCUUACAAACCAGAAUUAUACAAAGUGAGAAAUAACUUUGGAAAAUUACUUGUUUCAUUAAAUAAAUUAGAAGAAGCUGAAUAUCAUUAUAUAUUGGCUAAAAAGACUGAACCAAAUUUUUCUGAUACUUGGAAUAAUCUAGGAGCAUUAUAUUUCAAUAAUGGUAAAAUUGAUCAAGCUAUAAGUCACUUUGAAGUAGCAUUGAAAUGUAAUGAAAAGUCAGUAUCUGCUUGGCUUAAUUUGGGACUCUGUUAUUUAGAAUCCAAUGAUUACACAAAGACUAUUGAUAUUUUACAAAAAACUAUAAAUCUAUCACCUGAUAAUACUAUUGCUUUAAAAUAUUUAGCACAUGCCUACUUAUUUGAUGAUAAACCUCUUUUUGCUAUUGAUAAUCUUACCAAAUGUUUAGAAAUAGACAUUCAAAAUGCUGAUUUACAUCUGGAAUUAGGCUUAAUUUAUUUUACAAAAAUUAAUAACUACAAAGAAGCAGAAAUCUCUAUUAAACACUGCAUAGAACUAGAUCCUAUGUAUGAUAUUGCCUAUAAAUAUCUUAUUGCAAUUUAUGAAGUCCAAAAAGACUUUAAAAAUGCUUCAAAUAUAGCAAUAUCCUUAGGGGACAUGCAUUUUGAUUCUAAGAAAUAUGAAUCUGCUAGAAAUGCCUACACUACUAGUUUAUGUUUUAAUCCUGAUAAUGCUGAUGGUCAUUGGAAGCUAGGUUUAACAUUAUAUAUGAUGGGACAUCUUUGCAAUGCUUUUCCUAGGUAUAGAAAAGCCAUAGAGUUGAGACCAAACUUUCCUGAUGCUUACUGUGAUUUAGCGUUACUUUAUGAGACAAAUGGAUUAACUCAAAAAGCUAUUGAAUAUUACAAAAUGGCUGUACAACUUGAGCCAUAUCAUCUAAAUGCACUUCAUAACUUGGCUUUGUUGAAACAUAAACUAGGUCACUUAGAUGAUGUUGUUGAUCUUUAUACACAAAUUCUUGAUCAUAAUGAUGUAGAUUCUUUUGAUCUACAUUUUGAAUUGGCAAAUAUAUUGUAUAAAGAAAUGAAUGAUCUUAAUCAAUCUUAUUUUCAUUACAAAAGAGCAGUUGAAAUUGAUAAUACAUCACUAGAAGCAUAUCUUAAUAUGGGUAAUAUACUAAUUGAAAUGAAAGAAGGUGAAAAAGCAAUUGAAUGUUUUAAUAAAGCUAUUCAAUUAGAACCCAAUUGUUUUAUUGCCUACACUAAUAUAGGAUCUAUCAAUAAGGAUAAAGAAAAUUAUCAUGAAGCAAUUUGCUCAUAUGAAAUGGCUCUUAAAAUAAAACCAGAUUUUCCUGAUGCUUAUUGUAACCUUGUACAAUGCCUCCAAUAUAUUUGUGAUUGGUCAAAUUAUGAAGUUCGUAAUGCAAAACUGAAGGAUAUUAUUUUAAAACAACUUUCUCAGAACAAAGUUCCCUCUUUAUUGCCACAUCAUUCCAUAUUGUAUGACUUUUCACCUGAUGUUCAUAAACAGAUUGCUUUAAAACAUGCAGACCUUUGCAUUAAGAAAGUAUGUAAGUUAUCAAACAAUAAAGUGUAUGAGCAUCCAAAAAGUUUAACUUCUGAUGAUCGUAUUCGUGUGGGAUAUGUAUCAUCAGAUUUUGGUGAUCAUCCAACAUCUCAACUAAUGCAGACCAUACCAAGUAUUCACGACAGAAAUAAAGUUGAAGUUUAUUGCUACUCUUUAUCCUCAAGUGACAAUUCAUUUUCAUGGUAUAAAAUUUCUAAGGGUGCUGAUUAUUUUGUGGAUAUAUCUUAUAUGACUUCAAUUGCAGCUGCAAAUCAAAUUUAUAAUGAUGGUAUACACAUUCUAGUAAAUAUGAAUGGUUAUACUAGAGGUGCUCGUAAUGAAAUUUUUGCUUUACGACCUGCUCCUAUUCAAGUUAUGUGGCUAGGUUAUCCAAGUACAAGUGGUGCACCAUUUAUGGAUUAUUUUAUCUCAGAUGUAAUAUGUUCCCCUCAAGAAUUACUCCAUUUUUACACUGAAAAAGUGGUAUAUUUAAAUCGUUCAGUGUAUACUGGUGAUCAUAAACAAAUAUUCAACAAUUUAAAUUCUCGUAUUAUAACUGACGUUAGAGCUGAUGUACAAUUAAGUACUUCAUCUCUAAAUAAUUUUAAUGAAAAUAGUCCUAAGGAAAUACAUUUAAAUUUACCAGUUAACAGUACUACUCAGUCCAUGUACAGUGUUCAAAUACUUUCUGAUCAAACUGUGAAGUACUAUACAAGACAACAGUAUAAUUUACCUGAAGAUGCUACUGUUUUUUGUAAUUUUAGUCAGUUAUAUAAAAUAGAUCCUAAUACUUUACAUUUAUGGAUUACUAUUUUGAAUAAUGUACCUGGUUCUGUUUUAUGGUUGUUACGUUUUCCAGCAGCUGCAGAAGAGAAUAUAAAAAAAUCGGCUAAAGAAUUAGAGUUUGAUUCUUCUCGUAUAAUAUUUAGUGAUUUAGUGCCAAGAGAAGAACACUUGAGACGUGCCCAAUUAGGUGAUAUAUUUUUAGAUACACCAUUAUGCAAUGGACAUACAACUUGCCUAGAUGCUUUAUGGGCAGGUAUACCUGUUGUAACCAAGAAAGGAAAAACAUUUUCAUCUAGAGUAGCAGCCUCACAACUAACAACACUGGGACAAAAUGAUCUUAUUGCAAAUAAUGAUAUUGAAUACAUCUCUAUUGCAACUAAAUUAGGCAUUAAUAAGAAAUAUCUAGAAUCUGUACGGGCAAAUAUUUGGACAUUAAGAACAGAAAGCAAACUUUUUGAUUGCAAAAAUUAUUCUGAUCAAUUAGAAAUACUUUACAAAAAUGUAUGGGAUAAAUAUGUGACUGAACAAUCAACUAAACACCUAAAUGGUCUUGUGUAAUAUAGAAUAAAGAAUAGCAUAUUGCAUUGUCAUAAAACUUAAACAAUUUUUAAAGUAUUAUUCUCUUUUAAAUUUAUCUUAUAGAAGACAAUUUGUUAAAUAAAUAUAAGUCAACAAGCAAUAAUUAUGAUUGUAAAGAUACUUAUUAUCUUUAUUGGUAAUCUCUACCAUAAAAAAUAAUUUUUAUAUUAAUUGCAAUUUAUAAUCUUUGUUGACUCAUAAAUUAAACUUAUAACUCCAGAUAUUAAAUAAAUGAUUAUCAAUUAUAAGAUUUAAUGUUGUAAAUAACACUAAGUUUUAGAGUCUUUAUUAAAGUAUAUAUAAAUAUAUAUUAUUACAUUUUGUCAUUUACAAUAUUUAAAAGAGUUUUGCAAUAAUAUGUUUUGGUUACAUUAAAUAAGGUUAGCAGCUAUAUUGUCUUUAGGAAAUUUAGUAGGUUAACUCAUUAAAUCAGGGUCUGGUCCGAGAAAAUAUAUUUUAAUCCAAUGUUAGCAGAGUUCUUUUUAUUAUUUAUUGUUAUGAUAAGUAUUUGUUUUUUUGAAACAAAAUUAUCCAGUAUAUGUUAUAAAAACUUAUUAAUAAAAGGUAAUUGUUUAAGUA